CACACAACCACACAAGUCCAUCACCACCAUCAACAUCCGCGCAUCGUUCUUUCCACGCGACUGCCGCUUGUAAUUGUGAUUGUGCAUUGCGACUGGUGUUCUUGACUUGACAAAAAACCAUGGCCUCGCCUAGCGCGCCUACGACUCUGGGAAAGAGGAGAAGGAGCACUAGACUCACAGACGAGGAAAUCACACUCGGCCCUCUUGCCGUCAAGCGAACAAGACGCUCUCUUCGAAUCCACCCAGAGAUCCACCAUGAGCCCGACCACAUCCAAGCAGAGAAGGAGAAGGCCGCCUCACCACCCAAGCCAAUUGCCGACGAAGACGUUGAGAACCACAAGGAGAACCGCAAGCCCACGGGAGACGAGGAGGAGGAGGACAGAAUCGAGGCCGAGACACCAUCCAAGUCACUUCUCAGAAGGCGCAAAUCAGUCAUCGCCAGUCCGCCAAAGACAGCUCCCGUCACACCUUCCACACCACGACACUACGAUGUCUUCGCAAGGGUACCAGUCACCACUCCGCGCCAUCGCGUCAUGUCCGUCGGCAAGCUCUCCAGGCGCAUGACACCAAGCACGCCCAUGACACCCGCGGCUUCUCAGACAGUCUACCAUCAAGCUCGCCAACUCUUUUCUCGAAGCGCCGAUCCUGGAGAACUCAUUGGUCGCGACGACGAGCGCGAGAAGCUCAACACUUUCCUGGAUCGCUGCACCACCGCCCAUCCCAGCGGCUGCCUCUACGUCAGCGGGCCUCCUGGAACCGGAAAGAGCGCCAUCGUCAACAAGGUCACCGACAAGUUCGCAUCCGAGACAUCAACAGUGCGCAAGGCAUACAUCAACUGCAUGAGCAUCAAGUCGUCCAAGGAUCUCUACGUCACCCUUUUCGACCAGCUAGUCAGCAACGAUGAAGACAAGGAGGAACUCUCAACCGAAAGCGACGUGGUGGCAGCUCUCCAAAAGCUCAUCCUGCCCAAGAAAAAGACCCAGGCCGUCUUCCUCGUGGUGUUGGACGAAAUCGACCACAUCCUCACCCUCGACCCUGAAAGUCUCUACAGCCUCUUCGAAUGGUCACUCGAAAAGAAGAACUCGCGCCUCGCCCUGAUCGGCAUUGCCAACGCGCUCGACCUCACCGACCGCUUCCUGCCGCGCCUCAAGUCGCGCAACCUCAAGCCUGAGCUUCUGCCCAUCCUUCCAUACACGGCGCCUCAGGUCAAGAACAUCAUCAUCACACGUCUCAAGAGCCUGCUUCCCGGUGGAACACCCAAGGACCCCAACUACAUCCCCUUCUUCCACCCAGCCGCCAUCGAGCUCUGCUCGCGCAAAGUCUCCAGCCAAACCGGCGACCUGCGCCGCGCUUUUGAGAUUUGCCGCCGCGCCAUCGACCUGGUGGAGUCCGAGACCCGUCUGAAGCACGAAAACGAAGUCAAGGAGCAGAUGCUACAGAUGUCUCCCUCCAAGAAGCGCGUCCUAGGCGAAAACACCAACCUCUCCUCGGCUCCUGCGCCUUCCUCCCUCUUCCGGAGUAUCUCCACUGGACCCAGCGCCAGCGUCUCGGCCUCUUUACUUAAAUCCCUACAGGCCUUGACACCCGCCACCGCUCCGCGCGUCAGCAUCGCCCACCUCAGCAAAGUCACAGCCGCAGCAUUUAGCAACGGCACCACUCAACGUCUCAAGACGCUCAACCUCCAGCAAAAAGCCGCUUUGUGCGCUCUGGUCGCCAUCGAGAAACGUAACCGCGCCGCGCAGUCGGAGGCUCUUAACUCUGCUUCAGCCAGUUUUGCAUCCACUACCGGCACUCCGUCGAGGAGACAAGAGGCGCCGAUUGCUCCGACAGUCAAGACUCUCUAUGAGGCUUACACCAAGCUCUGCAAACAGGACUCGCUGCUACACCCCCUUUCGUCAUCUGAGUUCCGCGAGGUUGUGUCUUCCCUGGAAACUCUCAGUUUGAUCACGCCUGUGGACGGCAAGACGGGAUCGUUUACUGCGUUGGGAUAUAGCUCGCCUGGAGUGGGGACACCGAAGCGGGGAGGCAAGAAGAAGAAGGAUGUGUUUGGGAUGGGAGGUGCCCUGGUGGCGGGAGAUGAGAAGAGGGUGGCUAGUUGUGUGGGGGAGAGGGAGGUUGAGCAGACUUUGCUGAAGGAUGAUGGGGCGGGUGUGGGGAUUUUGAGGGGAAUUUUGAGUGGAGAGGCGUUGGAUGAUUGAGUUGUUUUGAUGUGUUUGGGACAGUAUUGGAAAGUUGCUGAUUUGGACGAGUCGGGGUUUCAUGAUUAGGUUGUAUUGCGUUGUUGGAGAAAGAAGCAUUAUUGAGAAGUACGGAUGGAGCAUGGCAUGGCGUGUUUGAAGGAGCAUUCAAAAGUAUAUCAUAGGAAAGGUGUUUGGAUUCAUUGUAACCCAGGAUAAGGGUUGGUGUUUGGCGUUUGGGUAUUUGUUUGGUUUUGUUUACUUGUUUACAUUAAAGACAAAAAGGGGAGGAGAGGGCACAAAAGUCCUCAUAAUCGGCAUUAGUAUCCAUUACAUAGACCUGCCGUCGUACGUACAUAGACACACGUUGAUACACGUUAAGACACUUUACAAAAACACUUUUAGACAUCC